GACCUUUAGAUACAUAAUCGCCACAAGUUGAAUCACUGUUACUUCACUCUCAUUGGACAGUGACCCGUCAUAGCCUGUGAUCUUUGACCUUUGAUACAUAAUCACCAAUCACCACAAGUUGAAGAUUUCUUUGAGGACAUCGAGGAGAUGGUAUCUCCGGUUUUGACCCACUGAGUUUGGCAUUGGACCUGUGCGCGUGUGUGUGUUCUCUGCCUAGGCAGGUGGGUGUCGAGAGGCGUGGCGUUUGGGGUAACCUUCUCAACGGGCUGUUAGUUUUUUUUUUACUCAGGAGGAGUAGCUCGGUCUUGAGGCUGCUGUUCAGCAUUUCAUCUUCGGUCUUGCAGCUUUUGAUUAAGGGUUUGGAUUCAAGGAGCUUACAGUCCCCCUUGCUAUCAAAAUAUUGCCGUUUUCCCAUGGAGUGAUUGCAGAGAGGCCAUUUACCUAGUGCCCACUAGGUUCACAUGAUUCUUCACCCUUGCAAGAGCUGGCAAGAUUUUCAUUUACAAGCAAUCUCAAUCUCCCCACUCACUCGGUUGCAUCCGAAUGCUGAACGAGGCAAUCGUCCUCAAUGCUAUGUCAUCGCUAUAUGAUAUCUCCACGUGGUACAAUUUGCCGUGUUGAAACCUCGAAGCGGUGACUACCCGUUAAUCACUCUGCGCUGCAUGUAUAGCUCUCUCCUUGCACGAUACACAUGACUUCAUCUGACAGCUUGUACAGUGCAUUGACAUUGUCUCUCCCACCUUCGCGCAACGGCACGUGGACUAAUCUCCUCACACAAUACCUGAUGUGCAGCAUGCUGCAUCCCACAGUUGUAAAUUUGCUUUUCUCACCGAGUUUGUGAUUUUUCGUUUUACUUCAGAGAGUUGCAGGGAUCCCCACGCAUCCUUUGAUGAUGUUUUGAUAGCUUGAAAUGGAAGUUUGUGCGUGAGAGCCGAAUGGAGUCAAUGACCUAAAACCCAAUUGUUUUGAAUCAGUUUGACUUUGACUCGGACUGUGGAUUUGUACCUAGGUCUGUCUUUAUUCUGAGUUUAUUUCCAAUUGACUUACAGGCAUCAGUGCGCGCAUGAUGGACCGUUCUUCAAGUCAUUGUGCAUUGCGUUGGGGAUAGAUGUACUCGCACCACCUCAGCUCUCUGAAGCUGUCUCGAAGAGCGACUCGGAGAUACCAUCAGAUGUAAUCUACACAGAUAUUGAUACUUAUCAAUGUACCUCAUGCAAAGAGGUUGAACAGCCAUAGAUCCUCUCAUUUGUACCUCAACAUUACAUCGCAAUGCCGCCCCAGAAAGACAGAUUUGUCAACUUUAUCGUAGGACCAUCAAAAGGUGGUGAAAACCAUCACGACCAAGAUGGUGAGAUCCACAUGGCGGGGGUGAGGAUGUACACCGCUAAGUCAACGCCGUGUAACCGCUUAGCUGUCGCCAUCGCAGUCAUAGCAGUGUGCCUUGUCUUAAUCUUAACUGCAUGUCUUCUCGUUACUCUGUUAGCGAGACAGAGCACCCAAUGCUCAAACCUGACAUCGGAACUGGACGGUAACUCCGCUGGCGAUAAGGAUGUUGCGAAUCGGGGCACCCAAGAGCCCGAAUUCGGCCCCAUCACCACCCCGGCUAGCAACGGCUCCGUGGGCAACCCACACCCUCGCAGUUUCCGCCUCCCGAUAACCCUGAAGCCCCUGCACUACGAGCUGGAGUUACGUCCUGACAUUUCCAGUAACUCUUUUGCGGGGGCGGUCGUGAUAAGGUUCCAGUGUUACAGCCCCACUCGUUUCAUUUUGCUCCACAGCACCGAGCUGGACAUAGCUAAUUCGAUCGAGCUCACCGAAGUUGGGCAAGGGGACGGACGAGGAGCAGGCGAGGCACCCGGGCUGCUGACCGGAGAACCCGAAUUCUUUACCCCGUACGCGUUCAUGAAACUUCAACUCAACGGCCCUCUGAAGAAAGGUCAUAUUUACUCGCUCAAAAUCAGGUACCAUGCUAAGUUCAGCGACAAGCUUAUGGGGCUUUAUGUCAGCAAAUAUGAGGCUAACCAUGGAAAAACAAAGUACGUCGUGGCGUCCUUCUUGUCACCCAACGGGGCCCGGCUUGUGUUCCCCUGCUUCGAUGAACCAUCUUUUAAAGCCAACUACACCAUCACCAUCGUCCACGAGCAGGGUUAUACCGCCCUCUCGAACAUGCCAGAAGAGAAGAGAGUGCCUACCAAGGACGGACUGGUUGCCACCCACUUCAUGACAACGCCCAAAAUGUCUACGUAUCUUGUUGCAUUUAUUGUGUGCGAUUUCUGGCAGGAGAGCCGCACGGUCGACAACACGAGAUUCAGCGUUUGGGCACGAGAGGAGGUAUUCAACGACACGCUCUUCGCUCUGGAGUACGGCACCAGGGCUUUCACGUUCCUGGAGGACUACAGUGAAUUGGAAUACCCUCUGCCAAAAAUAGAUCUGAUAGCGUUGCCGCAAAGUAUUGCCGCCGGAAUGGAGAAUUGGGGGUUACUGACCUUCAAGGAGUCUCACAUGCUACUGGACCCCAAUGAAGCUUCAAGCGAUACCAGUCAAGAAAUCGCCACGAUCAUAGGUCAUGAAAUCGCACACCAGUGGUACAGCAACUUAGUCACGCAGGAGUACUGGGGUGAACUUUGGAUGAAGGAAUGCUUUGCUAAUCUUCUGGCUUACCUGGCUCUAGAUCACAUCCAUCCUGAACGUAAUAUGAUGGAUGAGCUGAGUUUGGCCACCGAGGAAUUCCUGCGAGUGAUGUUACUAGAUGCGUUACCAACGUCCCACGCCAUACAGGGUACCAUCAAUGACAUCAGUGAUAUCCUCAAUAACUUUGACCUCACUAGCUAUUAUAAGAGCGAAGCUGUGGUGAGGAUGUUAAGAUACUUAGUUGGAUCUGAUGUCUUCCAGAGCGGAAUGACAAAAUUCUUACAGACUCAUGCCUACAGUAAUGCCAAGGCAACCGAUUUGUGGGAAGCACUAUCGGAGGCCGUACGUACCGACCGAGGCACCAGGAUCAACAUUACCGACUUCAUGGAUCCGUGGAUGUUACAAAUGGGAUACCCAGUCGUCACGAUGACGCGAGAUUACCAAACGAGAAUUGUCGAGAUGUCGCAAGAGCCAUUCCUACUGCAUCCUGACGCUAUUAACCGUCUACCGUCGUCGCCGUACGGAUACCAAUGGAGAAUCCCAAUACUAUAUUCAUACGCAGACCAGCUGGCCCAACCACCGAUCCAUGUGCUUCGUGGUACCUCAGGAUCGUUAUCUGUGCAGGAGAUGGGAACCGAGCAAUGGAUCUUGGCUAAUAUGAAACGCACCGGGUUCUACCGAACUAACUACGACGAAGCCAAUUGGGACUUACUCAUAAAACAGCUGAGGGAAGACCAUAUGGUGAUCAGUGCGUCCAAUCGGGCCAUGUUGAUCGAUGAUGCGUUCCAUCUUGCCACUGCAGGUCGACUGAGUAUCACUGUGGCUCUCAACCUCACCACGUACCUCAACAAAGAACGAGAAUACGUCCCAUGGAAAGUAACGCUGCAACUCAUGGGUUAUGUUGCACGGAUGUUGAGCUUCACUUCUUCAUAUGGAAACCUGAAGAAAUAUAUUGAACAACAGUUACUGCCUGUGUACAGAGAUAUCGGCUGGAAUCACACCGAUUCGCAUGGUGCAAGGUUAUUGCAGGGAGAAGUCUUAAAGGCUCUCUGUAGUUAUGGAAACGAAGAUUGCAUCUCUAAAGCCAAUAGUCUCUUCAAGAAUCACGUAGAACAUGGACAAAGAAUACCACCCGAUUUGAAGCCGUGUGUGUACCAGGUCGGUGUGGCAAACGGCAAUAGUUCAACCAGGGAGUACGCCUGGGAACAGUACCGUUCAGAUACAACCGGCGAGAACCUACUUUGGCUGGCCUCGCUCGCCGGGACCACAGAACCAUGGCUACUCUGCAGAUUCAUGGAGCGAUCCCUGGAUCCCAGUCUGGUGCCCGUGGUCGAUACUGUGGAAGUCUUCAAACACGUCGUCAAUAAUCCAAUCGGCGGAUACCUCGCCUGGAACUUCUUCCGUCAACACUGGGACAUCUUUGUAGAGAGGUACAGCGGUGGAAUCUUCUUGAUGAACGGUUUGAUUGACACAGUCACCAAGUGGUUCAGCACGGACUUCCACCUUAAAGAGCUGCGAGAGUUCAUAGCCGGUAAUGAGCUCUCCUUGAUCGGCAAAGCAGGGAUGAAGAACUUCCGCCAGGCUGAGGAGACUACGGCAGUCAACGUUCAUUGGAUGGAGACUAACUACGAAGACAUCAAACAGUGGCUAGAAGAAGCUGUUUCCGGUGACUGAUGCAUUAUGGGUAAAACAAACAGAGCCCGCCAAUGCAUUGCGGGAGCUUAGAUAUAUUAUACAUAUAUAUAUUUGAUAGAUUUGUUUUUACGAAAUUAAUAUCAUGGUUGUUGAAUUUUUGGUUACUGAUUUUGUUGUUAAUUUGUGUGAUAAGAUAAAGUUAUUGUUAAUGUUGCACAUCAUUUUGAAAUGUUAGUUGUAAAUGACAAGUAUAAUUCGUGAAUGAUGCGAGAAGACUAAGACAAGUUCUGUGUCAGGCUGACUUUUGGUUUAUGGUUUAAAACAAUAUAUGGAUUAACCCAAGCGCUUUAAAGGAGCGAGGUUGUAGUAAAACUGAUUGAAGGAGCGAGGUUGUAGAACGGCUUGAAAGAGCGAAGUUAAAGACAGAUUGAAGGAACGAGGUUGUAGAACAGCUUGAAGGAGCGAGGUUGUAGAACAGUUUGACGAUUCAAGAUCGAUGAUCAAAAUAAGGAGUAGACUAGUCGGAUAUGCUUUUUUUAUGUUUAUGAGUUUUAAGAACCAUGGUCUUUGAACGAAAUGAUUGUUUUGACGUAGCAACCACAGUGUGAGAAUGCUAACACAGUUCGGAAAACGAUAUCAUCCCAAUGACACUGUCGUCCAACGAUAUCUUAGGUUUCCUGUACGAUUGAAUUAUAGUUACUGCUUUAUUGUCGAUUUUUAUGAUCGUCAAAAAACAAGACUACACUAAAAUUAAUACUUGUUGAGUGUCUCCACACACUGCUAUAGACAUGUACGACGUCGUGUUGAUACGAACAUUAUGCAGUGACGUCAUGACGCCGCCAUCUUGGAUAUAAAACGAACAUGAAACAGUGGUAUAGCGCGGCGCACACGAACAAAUAACCACCUUUCAAACUCUUUCAGACCCUACAUGAGGAACCCCUAAAAAUGGAGCAGAUGGUAUCUCCAAAAAGUUCCCAUAUAUACUUUAAACGCUAUUUUCCUCUUGUACAGAAGUAGGGUUCACCCAAAAUCCUUCUAAAACAAAAUCCUGAGAAUGCACACAUUGAAGACAUAAUAGGGCAGGGGCACACCGUACCCCAUAUAGAGAACCAAUGUGCUUUAAUAGCUGGAGUGGAAUUUAGUCGGGUUCACCUGUGAUGACUAGAAUGAAUAAGCCACUUCGGAAUGUCAGUGGCGCACGUCUGUUACUGCUGACAACGGACUUUGUCUAUCUCCCGUAAC